ACGGUUCGCAAGUCCCGAUGGGAGGCACGCAAUUAGCGAUUGAAUAUGACCGUGAAAAUGGUAUAUAUCUACCGGGUGAACUUGUGUCAGGGAGAAUUGUGGCAGAUUUUUCGUCACCGAAAGAGAUCAGAGGACUCCGAGUGAAGGUCGUUGGGGAGGCGAAAGUGAGAUGGACUGUAAAGCGAGGGAAGUCGCGGACAGUGUACCGCGGUGAGGAGAAUUACUUCUCCUCGCUGUUCCACUUGAUAGGAAGUGAUUCCGGUCCAACCAUCGAGCUUCCAGCCGGUCACCUGGUUUAUCCGUUUAGUAUUCAACUACCGAUGGGGCUACCUAACAGCUUUGAGCAUAAGAUUGGUCACAUACGGUAUACGAUCAAGGCCACUUUUGACAGGCCAUGGAAGUUCGAUCAUGAGGUCAAGGCUGCAUUUACAAUUGUUUCUGCCUAUAACUUAAACGAGAGACCGCAAGCUGCUCUGUCGAUCCACGGAAACAUGCAGAAGAGCUUUUGCUGCUUUUGUAUGGGCAAGGGAAAUUUAUCGGCAAUAAUAUCUAUUCCCUCGAGUGGAUUUGUGCCUGGUCAAAUCAUACCUGUUACUGUAGAAUGUGAAAAUAAUUCCACAGUCGAAGUGGAGCAGAUACAGGUUUCUUUGAGACAGAAGUUGAGAUUUGAAGCGAGCUCUCCGUAUCAUCGCUCCAAGAAAGUAGGAUCGAGUGUGAUAAAAUCGCAGUUCAAUGAACCGUUUGCUAACAAAUCCGAGGAGCCUGUUAUACUACCAUUGAAAGUUCCGGCGCUUCCUCCGUCCAAUCUUGAGUUCUGCGGGAUAAUCGACCUUGAUUACGUCUUGAGAGUAACGAUGUCUUUCUCCGGGGUGCACUGCGACAUCCACGAAGACUUCCCCAUCCUUAUUGGAACAGUUCCACUGUACGGGUCCUUCGACAUGUACAGCCCAAACGUCCGGGUGACCCCAUCACCUAGUGCACCACCCCUACAAAACCCUGCAGAUUUUACAAGUACGUCUUUCCCUGGUCACUCACAACCUAGUGACACACCGUCGCCUCCGUAUCCAAGUCAGGGUGAUCCACGCGAUUUACCUCCACCUUCUUAUGAACAGUGCAUGUAUGGUGCCCAAUCUAUCAAGGACACGGAGGAGUCCGAUUAUGUUCAGGCCGUUCCAUAUGCUCCGCGAUAUCCUGUGUACAACUACGACGCCGCUAACACAGCUUCUAGUGCUCCCAUGCUCGAAAAGCAGUGAAUGCAGAUGAAUGCCCUUAAAGACAAAGUACCAAUCACUACACUAAGAUACUCUUGGGAACUACUCCGAACCAUUGCAUUUCGAUUAAAUCGUCAUCAGUUUCCAA